AUGGACGUGUGGGGCGCGGCGCUCAAUCUGAACGCCACGUGGUUCGUCAUGCCGACCUGCGCGCAAUGGCAGGGGCUCGCCUGCAACGCCAUGGGCCAAGUCACCUCCUUGGAAAUUUCCAAUCGGCGGCAGCUUGCGGGACAGAGCGUUCCCGCCGCCGUCACCCAGCUUUCCGCACUUCAGAGGCUGAGCCUGGAUCACAAUCUUCUGGUGGGCAGUGUGCCGCCUAACAUUGGAUACCUCUCCGCCCUCACCAACCUCUCGUUGAGUGGCAAUGCUCUCCAGGGCGCCAUCCCGCCGUCUCUCUCCACCCUCGCCAAGCUGCGCAUUCUCGAUCUGAGCUCCAACGACUUAUCCGGGCCCAUUCCCAACGCCUUUGCCUCUCUCACUCUCCUCACCACUCUCGCGCUCGGGUCCAACCAGCUCACAGGCCCUCUGCCCGCGUCCCUCUUCAGCCUCUCCAACCUCGUGCAUCUGUUGAUCGGAGGCAAUCGCAUCUCAUCCACUCUCCCCGACUCCAUCUCUGGCCUCACCUCGCUGCUUGCACUUGACGUGAGUCGCAAUAACUUCUAUGGGAGGCUCCCAGCCGCGCUGGGCGCCCUCCCCUCCCUUCUCUUCCUGGACGCGAGCGAGAAUCAGUUCACGGGGGCGCCCGUCUCAUCCUUCGCGUCGCCAGCCAUGGCCAACACCUCCCUCGCCACGCUCGACCUCUCCGGCAACUUCCUCUCCUCCCCCGCCGCCUCCUACUCCGCCAAAGCCACCACCACUACCCCCACCACCUCAACCACCAACAGCACCACCAAAGGCACCAACACUACCACCAACAGCAGCAGCAGCAGCAGCAGCAACGGCGCCAACACCACUGCUACUCUCGUCUCCUUCUGCCCUUCGUCCCUGCAAGGCCGCUACGCCUCUGCCAAUCUUCUCAUCUACGGCGUCUCGCCUUACAGCAGUCAGCAGGGCAACUGCUUUCUUGGAGGCAACUGGAACGUGACAGAGAGCUUUGUGAACGAGAAGCGCAGGGGUAAUGCAAAGCAGGGAGGGCCAGGAGGAAGCAGUGGUGGUGGCGUGAGCGCCAAAUCAGGAACAACCGGCGGCAACAACACCGGCGGCAGCAGCGGCGGGAGUGCGAGCGCGGGGACGGGGUGCCCGGUGGGGGCGCAGCGGCGAGCCAUCGAGUGUGUGGCAUUCUGCGGCGCGGCUCUCCCCGCGGGGCCGUGCGGCGGGCUCGGCACGUGCUUCCUCUCCGGCCCCUCCAACACCCCCACCUGCGCCUGCAACGCCGGCAUGUUCAACCUCACGUUGACUCUUACUGUCGGGAAGAGCCUUGUCGCGUACCCCUCCUGCUCGCCCAACCCCGGUCCACCUCCCCCUCCCCCACCACCUCCUGUGGACAACACCACCAUGCGCAGAAGAGACAAUCGAGGAGCCAACUUGGAUCAAGCAGCAACUAUCUCCUCUACCUACUUCAACCCCUACUUCCGCUACGCCUCUCUCGGCUUCACCGGCAAUAUCUCAAACCCCACCUGGAACAUCACUCCGACUUUGGACUGGCGGGCGCGGGUGCCUUUGGCGCUACAGCCGGCCAAGGACCAGGGGCUGUGCUCGGCGUGUUGGAUAUUCGCGCCGGUGGCGGCGGCAGAGGCGCUGUAUGCGAUUGUGUACGGCGCAACGGCGCCCAGCCUGGCGGAGCAGAAGGCCAUCGACUGCCAGGGCACCUGGACUUGCGCGGGCGGCCGCCCCGACGAUGCCUUCAACUACAUCGCCGCUUCCGGUGGCCUGCCCAACUCCUCCGCGCAUCCUUACACCGGCGUCGCCAACAACGGCACCUGCAAGCCAGGGUUUGCGCGGCGGUCGGUGUUCUCUCGCAGGCUGUCUCUCAAUGAAGCAGAUGAAGCUGAGAGAGCGACAAGGACUGGGUUUCCCACUUCCUUUGCUUCGCUUGCUCACACCCUCUCCCGUCUGCUCAAGGCUCAUACCCCCAGCAGCAACGGCAAACGGACAACAGCGGGCUAUGCAACAACAGCAGCACCGAAAAAGGAUGUAGUGACACCAUCCCUCCCGCCAGCCCCAUUCCCCGUGUCCAUGUUUGAGCGCGUGGGCAUCAGCGGGUGGCUGGGCCUGGCCAUUGCCGUGCAGCAGCAGCCUGUGGUGGUUUACAUCGAGGCGCGGUCUACCUCGUUUGUUACCUACCCUGGGGGCUUUGUUUACGCGGAUCCCAACUGCUACGCCACGCGGCUGGUGGACCAUCUGGUGGUGGUGGUGGGGUUCAACCUGCUGGACGCGACGCCCCACUGGAUCAUCCGCAACUCAUGGGGCCCAUCGUGGGGCGAGAAUGGCUACAUGAAGAUCGCCAUUGCGGGCGGCCCCGGCAUCUGCGGCAUGAACACCCUGCCAGGCCUCUACCCUUCCAUCGUCUCCCCCGACCCGUGCAAGCCCAUCAAUCCGUGCGGAGGGGGCGUGUGCACGGCGGUUACAGGCAACAAGAACCAGCGCAACAAGUGCACGUGUCCCACCAACUUUGUCGCAGUUACCAAUCUCGACCUGACACAGUCGUGCGCCAUUGCCAAGGUGUGCUCGUUCUUUGCAAAGAAUCCCUGCGGCUUCGGCACGUGCAUUGACGACAACAAGGGCGGCUACUCGUGCCUCUGCUCUCCGGGCUACCUGCUCGGCGCUCUUACAAGCGGCGCUGCCACCUGCAUCCCUGGUGCGACGUCAGUGAAGGUGACGCUACCAGCAGACAUGUCAUGCAAUCAGAUUCGCUCUACGUACCUCCUUUCCAAGGCCAACUUCACCAGUCUCAACCCUUCGCUCAAGUGCCCUGGCACAUACCCAGCAGGCACUGUGAUUGUAACCAGGAACUCCACAGUCAACGGGACCGCGUGCGUGGUUCCCUACACCAUCAUUCCCGGCGACACAUGCGCCAGUAUCGCCUCGGUGUUCAACCUCACCACUGCGGGCCUUGCAGCGGUCAACCCUGAGCUCGAUUGCACUGCUCUCGUCGCCGGACAACUGAUCUGUAUCAAGUCUGGAACACCGGAAGCUCAGGGCUGUUUGAAUUAUUACACCGUGAAUCCAGGGGAGACUUGCAAUGAUGUCAUGAUCAACACCUACCCUCCAAUAUCCGCGGCACAACUGUACCAGUACAACCCCGGGAUUAUAUGCUCAUCCGACUCUCAACGACUUGUUGGGCAAGAUGUCUGUGUGGAUGCAUCCCCAGUGGUUGGUGCACUAUAUUGUGCAUAUGGAUACUACACCGUGGUGUCUGGCGACACGUGUGGAGGCCCACGAUUCCACGCGCGGGAAGCCCGUUUCUCAAGCCCACGUUUCCCCUCCCUGCGCGCGCACCGUUCCGGUAAGCCCGCGCGGGAACCUCUCGCCACCCCGCGCGCGCUCUUCUCGCCUUCCGCGCGGUAUCCCAUCGCAUCACAGCGCGCGCUCCUCUUACCGCCCCGCUCGGCCUCCUCUCACCAUCCCGCGCGUGCUCCUCUCGCCUCCCCUCGCGUGCUCCUCUCGCCUUCAAUGCUCGCGAAUCUCUUGCCUCCCUGCGCGGCCGCCUCUCGCCUCCCCGCGCAGCCUCCUCCCGCCAUCCCUCGCGCGCCCCUCUCGCCUCCCCGCGCGUGCUCCUCUCUUCUCACCUACUCGUUCUCCUCUCGCCUCCCCUCGCGCGCCCCUCAAGCCUCCCCGCGCGUGCUCCUCUCUCCCCACCUACUCGUUCUCCUCUCGCCUCCCCUCGCGCGCCCCUCAAGCCCCCCCGCGCGUGCUCCUCUCUCCUCACCUACUCGUUCUCCUCUCGCCUCCCCUCGCGCGCCCCUCAAGCCUCCCCACGCGUGCUCCUCUCUCCUCACCUACUCGUUCUCCUCUCUCUUCACCUUGCAUGCCUCCCACGCCUCCCCGCACGUGCUCCUCACUCCUCACCCUGCGUGCUCCUCUCGCCUCCCCGCGCGUGCCCCUCUCUCCUCACCUCCAAUGCUCUUCGAUCGCCAACCUUGCGCGUGCCCCUCUCUCCUCACCCUGCGUGGGCUCCCCUCUCCUCACCUUGCGUGCUCCCCUCUCCUCACCCUGCGUGGGCUCCCCUCUCCUCACCUUGCGUGCUCCCCUCUCCUCACCUUGCGUGCUCCCUCUCCUCACCUUGCGUGCUCCCCUCUCCUCACCUUGCGUGCUCCCCUCUCCUCACCUUGCGUGCUCCCCUCUCCUCACCUUGCGUGCUCCCCUCUCCUCACCUUGCGUGCUCCCUCUCCUCACCUUGCGUGCACCCCUCUCCUCACCUUGCGUGCUCCCCUCUCCUCACCUUGCGUGCUCCCCUCUCCUCACCUUGCGUGCUCCCCUCUCCUCACCUUGCGUGCUCCCUUCUCCUCACCUUGCGUUCUCCCCUCUCCUCACCUUGCGUGCUCCCCUCUCCUCACCUUGCGUGCUCCCCUCUCCUCACCUUGCGUGCUCCUCUAUCCUCACCUUGCGUGCUCCUCUAUCCUCACCUUGCGUGCUCCUCUAUCCUCACCUUGCGUGCUCCUCUCUCCUCACCUUGAGGCCUCCUCUCUCCUCACCUUGCGUGCUCCUCUCUCCUCACCUUGCGUGCGCCUCUCUCCUCACAAUACAUGCGACCAUACUGGAUUAAAGGGAGGGACCCGCGCGCACCUGCCUGGUAAGCCCGCGCGAGAUCCUCUCGCCUCCCGCGUGCGCUCUUCUCGCCACUCGCGCGGCAUCCUAUCGCCCCCCCGCACGCGCUCCUCUUGCCUCCCCGCGCGUCCUCCUCUCACCAUCCCUAGCGUGCUCCUCUCGCCUCCCCUCAUGUGCUCCUCUCUCCACACCAUGCGUGCACCUCUUUCCUGUACCUCGCGUCCUCCUCUCUCCUCACCUCGCGUCCUCCUCUCUCCUCACCUCGCGUCCUCCCCUCUCCUCACCUUGCGUGCUCCUCUCUCCUCACCUCACGUCCUCCUCUCUCCUCACCUCACGUCCUCCUCUCUCCUCACCUCGCGUCCUCCUCUCUCCUCACCUCGCGUCCUCCUCUCUCCUCACCUUGCGUCCUCCUUUCAACUCACCCCUCCGUUGGCGUCGCUGAUCGCGUCUUUUGCCCUCACCCCCGCCCACACUCUUGCAACGGCGGUGCUUCCGCAGUCCCCCUGCACGCCCGCAGAAAACCCUCGUUGCACGCCCUCUAUUUCCCACAUGUACGCCCUCGCUCCCCCUCUGCUCCUCUUGUCCCCCUAUGCUCAUCUUACCCCCUUCCGCUGGUCCUUCUCCUUUCUGCACCACUUCCAACCCGAAGCUCCGCUGUUCCCCCUAUGCCCCUCUUUUUCCGCCCAGCUCCACUUUUCUCCUGUGAGGCUCCUUCGCUCUCUGCUCCUCUUUCCCUCCUCUGCUCCUCUUGUCCCCCUCUACUCAUCUUUGCCCCCUCACUCCCUUCCAUCCCACUCAGCUGUCACCCUCCCUCCCUGUUUAUCACCCUAUUUUUUGCCUCACAUCCCAAAUGUUUUGACACCACCCUCCUCACAGCUUCCCCACAUUGGGAUUCCCACCUCAUUAUUCAUAGUUUCUGAGUAUUCUGUCUUCAAAUCUGACAUCCAUCACUAG